AAUUAUUUAAUUCUUCACGGGUCUAAUGGAGAGAAUUCGAAGUAAUGCCUGAUGAUGAGGAAAUUACAGAAGAGAGAAAACAAAACAAAGGGUCAAACAAAUUGUUGACUUUCCUCGAAAACCAAUUGUGGACUUUGCUUUCAGAAUAAAUAAUAUUUGGGAAUAAACUUGUGGACCGUGUAGAGUUUACUGCUCUAUGAUUCAGAUCAUCAAAUCCAAAUCCUCUCCAAACAAACCCAGAAAAGUCCCAAAUUUCUUCUAUUGUUUCCAACCGAUAGAUUCCCUUCAUCCAUCUUUGUGUUUCUUCUUAAGUGCAGAAGCAUGGCUGAACUGGUUGGUGGAGCUUUUCUCUCUGCUUUUCUUCAAGUUUUGUUUGACAGAUUGGCUUCUCAGGAGGUCGUGGACUUCUUCCGUGGAAAGAAACUCAUCGUUGACCAGCUCAAGGACUUGGAGAUAAUGCUGUUGUCAGCAAGUGCAGUGCUAAAUGAUGCUGAGGAGAAACAGAUGGAAGAUCAAAACGUUAGGAAGUGGCUUGAUGAGCUCAAAGAAGUAGUUUAUCAAGCCGAUGAGCUGGUGGACAAGAUCAAUACUGAAGCUUUGAGCCGCAAGGUGGAAGGUCAAUCAGAAAACAACAACAUGAGUAAGAUUUUGAUGAAACUCAUCCCUUCUUCCUUUACUGCAUUUGACAAGGCUGUGAAGUCUAAGAUAGUGGAGAUCCUUCAUAGAUUAAAACUUCUUUUGGAUCGAAAAGAGGUCCUUGGCCUAAAAGCAGGUGUUCAAAGUAAACUUUUACAAAGAUUACCUGCUCCUUUGGUUGAAGAAUCUGGUGUUUAUGGAAGGGAUGUUGAUAAAGAGGCAAUUAUUAAACUGCUGCUAGUGGAUGAUGUUAGUGGCAAUGAGAUACCUGUGAUUCCAAUAGUGGGCAUGGGUGGCAUCGGCAAGACCACUCUUGCUCAGAUCAUCUUCAAUGACAACAGGGUGAAAGAAUAUUUUGAGUUAAAAGCAUGGGUUACGGUAUCACAUGAAUUUGAUACUUUCAAAACAAUGAAAACAAUUUAUGAAAGUGUCGCCUCUCAAAAAUGUGAUAUUGAGGAUCCCUAUAAGCUUCAAUUCAAACUAAAAGAGGCUUUGGAGGGGAAGAGGUUUCUCUUUAUUCUGGAUGACAUUUGGAACGAGAGUUAUGAUAGCUGGAACGUGUUGAAAAGCUCUUUUAAUUUUGGAGCUAAUGGCAGUAAGAUCAUUGUGACAACACGUAGUAGAACCGUUGCAUUAAAGAUGGGUAAUUUUCCAAUUCAUGACUUGCAUGUAAUAACGGAUGAAGAUUCUUGGCAGCUAUUCGCAAAACACGCCUUUAAUGGUGUUGACUCAGAUGCAUAUCCAGAUUUACAGAAAAUUGGUCGUGAAAUUGUUACAAAGUGCAAGGGUCUUCCUUUAGCAAUAAAAUCGCUUGCUGGUCUUUUACGUUCUGUGUUUGAUCUAGAAGAAUGGAGAAAAAUACUAAAAAGUGAUAUAUGGGAGUUGCAUUUGCAAGAAAAUGGGAGUAGUGAAAUUCUUCCAGUAUUAUGGUUGAGCUACCAUUAUUUGCCUUCACAACUUAAGCGAUGUUUUGCCUAUUGCUCAAUAUUCCCCAAAGGUUACAAUUAUGAAAAGAGACGUCUAAUUCUGCUGUGGAUGGCAGAAGGUCUUUUGCAGUCUAAAGCUGGAAGACCAAUGGAAGAUGUAGCAGAGGAGUAUAUUCGUGCUCUGAUAUCACGGUCAUUGAUUCAACGAUCAAGUUCGAAUGAGUCAACUCUUGUCAUGCAUGACCUUGUCCAUGAUUUGGCUACUUUUGUCUCAGGUGAAUUUUGUUUAAAGUUGGAUGAGAAUAGCUUGUACAACCUUACAAGUAAGACUCGUCAUUUGGCAUCCGUUGGAGGGUUUGAGUUAAUGAAACAUGCGGAUUUAUCUAAAGCUGAGUUCUUGCGCACCUUUCUAUUGUUACAAUCAUUGGCCUUGCAAGGAAUAUUUCUGCCAUCAAACCAUUUGGUUGUGGAUGAACUCUUGGCAAGAACUGGAAGAUGCUUGAAAGCACUCUCACUGCCUCUAUCUUUUAUCACCGAGUUGCCUACUUCAAUUGGCAAUUUGAAAUAUCUAAGGUAUUUGGACUUAUCUUCAACCGAAAUUAAAGAAAUACCUGAAACUUUAUGUACUUUGUACAACUUGCAGACACUGCUGUUGGCUUAUUGUACAAACCUUACUCAGUUGCCAAUGAACUUGGGAAGCCUGAUCAACUUGCGCCAUCUUGAUAUUAGUAAUACUGUUUCUUUAAAGGAGAUGCCACCUCAAAUUUGUAAUCUAAAAGAGUUGCAAACACUGACCGGUUUUGUUUUAGGAAGAGAUGGUGGUUCCAGCAUUAAGGAGUUGAGAAGGCUUCAACAUUUAUCCAGAAGUCUUCAUAUUUGGGGGCUUGAGAAUGUUGUCGAUGUUGGAGAUGUGUUGGAAGCUAAUCUAGAAGAGAAGAAGUUGAAGGAGCUGACCUUGGAAUGGGCUAUUAGUGGCACCGGCGCUGACAAUUCCCAAAAAGAAAGACAAGUACUUGAUGCUCUCCAGCCUCACACGAACCUUAAACAACUUUCUAUCCAUGGAUACAGAGGUACAAGGUUCUCAAAUUGGGUAGGACAUCAUUCCUUUUCUGAUAUAGUGGAGGUGCGUCUGCACUAUUGUAAAAGUUGUUUUUUCUUGCCACCAUUCGGGCAGCUACCAUCCCUCAAAAAGCUUGAGAUAUGGGGAUGUGAUAGUGUAAUGAUGGUAGGUCCAGAGUUCUACUCUGAUGGGUCUUUUAUGUCUAAGCCAUUUCAAUCUCUAGAAAUUUUGCAUUUUUGGAACAUGCCAGAGUGGAAGGAAUGGUCAUUUGCUGAAGGUGAUGGAGUUUUCCUCCGUCUCAAGGAGCUUCUUUUGGAAGAUUGUCCAAAGUUAAAUGUGCACUUGCCAGAUUCUCUUCCUGCCUUAAUUAUGCUUCAAGUGGUGAACUGUAAACAGUUGAUGCCUUUUCUUCCUAGGGAUCAACAAAUGGAGAGUGCAUUUCCAUGUCUUCAAGUAAUGAAGAUAACUGGUUGUCCAGAGCAGAAGUCAUUUCUUAAGGGUGGGUUGCCUUCAAGUUUAUGUUCACUUAGCAUUUCCUUCUGUGAUGAGCUUAAAGCUUUAGACGAGGGGUGUCUUGGAAUCCUAACCUCCCUCAAAGAGUUGGAGAUUCAUGAUUGUGAAAAGUUUCCGGGUCUGCCAAUAAUGACACCCUCUUCUCUUCUAAAAGCCAAUCAAUCCGAAUCACUUGGUACAAGAAGCAACAGCAGGUCUGGAUCUGCGAGGAGGGAAGGUGUGGCGCUAAUAGAAGUUGCUGACUCUUCUAGUAGCGAAGGAAAAUACCGUGAAGGAGAAACGCCAGAGGAUAGUAAAGUAGCUGAGAUUACUACUGCUCAAGCUAGAGGAGGAAACGAUAUCCAGGAUAUUCCUUGGGAAAGGCUUAGCAUUAAAAGAGAGGAAUACCGCCAAAAGAGGUUAGAGCAGUACCGGAAUUAUGAAAAUGUCCCUUUUUCAGGAGAGAGCUCAAGAAGGGAUUGCAAAAUUACAGAGAAAGGGUCUACUUACUAUAAGUUCAGACAAAAUGUGCGAUUGAUCAAACCAAGUAUUCAUCAUUUCCAGCUCAGGAACUUGGUCUGGGCUACUUCAAAGCAUGAUGUCUACCUUAAUUCGCAUUCUUCAAUCAUCCAUUGGUCAUCGUUAACUUCCAGUAGGUCUGAGGUUCUCAACAUUUCUAAACAUGUGGCACCUUCGGAGAGACAUCCUGGAAGCUUGUUGGAGGGAUUUACACGGACUCAACUUAGUAUGCUCGCAGCAAAAGAUGAACUCCUAGUUGUUGCAGGAUUUCAAGGAGAACUAAUUUGCAAGCAGCGUCUUGAUUGGCCUGGAGUUAGCUAUUGCUCUAGGACAACUUACGAUGAUAACGCCAUAACCAAUUCUAUUGAGAUUUAUGAAAGUCCCAGUGGUGCACUUCACUUCCUAGCUUCGAGCAAUGACCGUGGAGUCAGAGAAUUCAAUAUGGAUAAAUUUCAGCUUUCUAAACAUUUCCGAUUCCCUUGGGCAGUAAAUAAUACUUCUCUGAGUCCUGAUGGUAAACUUCUUGUGGUCGUUGGGGACAAUCCAGAUGGUUUAUUGGUGGACUCCCAAACUGGAAAGACUGUGACUGCAUUUCAUGGACACUUUGAUUACUCAUUCGCCUCAGCAUGGCACCCCAAUGGUGUCACUUUCGCUACGGGAAACCAGGACAAAACCUGCAGGAUUUGGGAUGCGCGUAAUCUGUCCAAAUCCGUUGACGUUCUGAGGGGCAACCUUGCAGCCAUUCGCUCAAUCCGAUUUACUUCAGAUGGCUGUCAUAUGGCAAUGGCAGAACCUGCGGAUUUUGUUCAUGUCUUCGAUGUCAAGAGUGGAUAUGAAAGAGAACAAGAGAUUGAUUUCUUCGGUGAGAUAGCCGGGAUAUCAUUCAGUCCAGAUACUGAAUCACUUUUUAUUGGGGUGUCGGAUCGUACAUACGGAGGCCUCAUGGAGUAUGGCCGGCACCAGAACUUCACUUGACUAUGACUGCUUGCACUUAUAACUCCAAGCACAAGACAGAUUUCUUUAUCCUGAUUAGUUUAUUGUCGUUUGUUAGAAACACCAUAUUCUUUGGAGUUUACAUGACUUUCUUACUGUCCCUUCGACGGGAUUUUCCUAUAUACAUAGAGGAUGCCGAAUGAUUUCUGCUCUUUCAUCUUUGGGUUUUGAAAAUAUUGGGACCCUGCAGAACUUUUUUGGUUCAUAUUUUAUAAUAGAUCAGUUAGAGACCCUGUUGAGAAUCAAACACAAAUGGAAAGAACAUAUUGUGCAACUCCAGAAAGAACAUAUAUGUAGAGGUGAAAACUCCACUUAUAGGGACACCAGUACAGCUUGCAUUUACACACACACACGUGUAUGUG